GAGGUGCCCAUCUUUGUUUUUGGUGUUUUCAACGGCAAAAUCGAUGGCGUUUAGGAUAAUUAGGCGGUUUAGGCAAAGUAGGAGACUUAGGGUUCAUCUACGUUUGGUACUUUUGCUGGCUUUGCCGUUUUUUUACUUCUUGGUAUCACAUCCUAGUCACUCUUUUAUUCUUGACUUUCUUUGUGCAUUCGCAUUUUCUGCUGCACUUUUGUUCUCUCUUAAUCUUGCCCUGCCUAGACUGCCCUCAAUUAGGGUGUUCCUCAAUCGAUCAUUCCCUUUCCCUAUCAAGUUAUCGUCGUCGUCUUCGACUGCUUCCCGGCCUUUGCCGGUGUUUUGGUCGAUUGGGUCGAGGCCGAAAGCAUAGAAGAAAGUAAGUUCAGGAUGUUGGGUUCAGGUUUAUAGCAAUGGGGAUGUAUAUGAGGGUGAGUUUCAUAAGGGUAAGUGUUCAGGUAGUGGGGUGUAUUAUUACUACAUGAGUGGGAGGUAUGAGGGGGAUUGGGUUGAUGAGAAGUAUGAUGGACAUGGAGUAGAAACAUGGGCUCGAGGGAGCCGCUAUCGAGGACAGUAUAGGCAAGGUCUUAGACAUGGUUUUGGUGUGUAUAGGUUUUAUACGGGGGAUGUGUAUGCAGGUGAGUGAUCUAAUGGGCUGAGCCAUGGUUGUGGGAUAAAUACUUGCGAGGAUGGUAGUCGAUAUGUUGGCGAAUUCAAGUGGGGUGUUAAACAUGGUCUUCGCUCCCUCUGUCCCUUGCUCAAUACCGCCAUUAACGGCACCGUCGAAUCACAAGGCUUCAACCUCGCUCAAUCCGUACCUGAAUCUUCAACCUCCAAAAGCCUUCUGGUCAAAAAUGUCAAGAGUGGGGUGUCGCUGCAGCAGCAACAGUUGUUGUACAAUGGCAAGGAGAUGAAGAACCAUGAGAAGCUCAAUGGCCUCGGCGUUUGCGAUGGCGAUUUGAUCAUGAUGGUCUCGUUUUCAAACGCUUGUAUCAUAAGUAGCUGCAUUAGGCCCUCUAUACAGGGAAAGACAACCCCUGUUGUUCUCCUUCAUGGUUUUGAUAGUUCUUGUUUAGAAUGGAGAUCUGUCUACCCAUUACUUGAAGAAGCUGGCACAGAGAGUUGGGCCGUUGACAUUCUUGGUUGGGGUUUUUCCAAUUUAGCACUAGACCUCAAUAUGGUCUAUCGGAACAGCUUCGAUGCUCUGUUUAUAAUUAUGAUGGUUACUCCUAAUUCAAACUCCGCUAUGUCAUCUAAUGGUAUUCGCUCUAUUCUCGAAAAAGAAAAACUUAAUGGCAACAAUUUUUGGAUUGGUAUCGCAACUUGA